AUGGUCGAUACAUGUGAGCCGUGCCAAGAGCUUAGGGCCCGUAGCCCUAAGGAACCACUGAUCCCUCAGGAUGAUGGUCAAAGACCUUGGGACAAAGUGGGAGCAGACAUUUUUGAGAUUUCUGGUCGCCAGUACUUAGUUACUGUGGAUUUCUUCUCCAACUUCAUCGAGGUUGACUUCUUGCCAACAAUCACUAGCUCUCAAGUGAUAAAUGUGCUUAAGAAACACUUUGCUAGAUAUGGCAUCCCGCGUAUAUUCCAAAGUGACCCCGGAUCUCAACUGACAUCUAGUGAAUUCCGAAAAUUCAUGAAGGACUGGGGAAUCAUUCAUAUCGAGUCGUCCCCAGGACAUCAUUCUGCUAACGGUCGAGCAGAAGCCUCUGUAAAGAUCGCAAAGCAACUUUUGAUAAAGGCGCGGAAAACAAGAACUGAUCCAAACAUUGCCUUGCUAGAACUUAGGAACACUCCUACAGAGGACACAGGACAAAGUCCUACUGAAAUGCUCCUCGGACACAAAACUAGGUCAGUCAUCCCAUAUAUGGAAAAGGGCGACAUUGAAGUGUCAAAGGGUAGAGAAAUGCGCAAAAGUGCUAUGAAACGAAGUCAUGAUAAGAAGGCAUGCGCACUACCAAAGCUGUCAGUGGGACAGAGUGUUUAUUUUGAGAAGAAGGAAAAGGAAAGGUGGAUCCUUGGAAAAGUAGUUCAAAUACUUGGCAAUCGCACGUACUUGAUAGAAAGUCGUGCUGGGGGAGUAUACCGUCGCAACCGGUCUCAAAUGCGACACACUUCUGUACCUUUUGUGCGCGAACCACCAUUCCUGUUUCCUCCUCCGCCUGUAUCAGGAUCUGGAAAUCCUACUGGCAACGCUGAUCAUUCUGUUGAAAGUGCGCCAACAAUUCAACCUUCUCAUUGUUCUAAUGAGACAGGCGCAACGGAUUCAAAUUCUGAUGAGAGUACAUCUGGUGCGGUUCAGCCCACUGAUGCGCCAACAAGACGCAGUUCAAGAGUGAGCAAGCCGCCAAAAUACCUAGCAGAUUAUGUUCCAAAGUGA